AUGCUGUCGCAGAAGAUUAGCAGGCACGUGAGACCUGGCUCACUGCAGACAUUACAUCAAAUCAACCACCUUUCAUCCAGAACUCCCAUUGCCUGUGACCACCACACAACACACCGCAACCACAUCCCUCUUUGGGUGGCCACAUUAUCCUGCCUCCGUCCUAGUCUGCCUGUCAAAUCAACUUUAUGCUUUCAGCCCUGUAGACCAGCAUCUACAACCAGCGGUAGAGGCUGGUAUGAGAGCAUAGCAGACUCUACUCCUGUCCAUCUGACUGAGCAACUACUGAUAUCUGUCCAUCAGACCACAGGUCUACCAUGGUGGGCCAGUAUCGUGUGUACCACCGUGGCCCUGAGGACAGUCGUAACACUGCCACUGAGAGCCUAUCAGGCGGUCAUCAUCGCAAAGGCCUGUGUUGCAUCAAGAAACAAGCAUCCUAUUAUACAAAGUGUUUUUUCAGCUCUUGUUGGUGCACACACUAGUCCCAACAGGGUCAGAGUUGAGAUUGAGAAGCCCUGGGGUGCAUCUCCAUAGUCUAAAGUAAAGUAGCAUCCUUCCUCAUCUGCACAGAUGUGCAAGAACUGACAAGGUGAAAGCAAAUAUCCAGGAAGCAUCAACAAGUGGUUUCACCUAUUUUGUGAAUACAGAUGGAUGCAGGUGAAGGAAAAGAGAUACGAGGAGGAAGCUUCUUUAGACUAUUGAGGUACACCCCUGGUGUAAUGUAUCAUUUGCUAAACAAUUUAAAAUGUAAAUGUACAGUAUCCAAACAACCAGAUCAGAUUUUAUCAGGAAAGAAAUGUGAUUUGAAGUGCUCAUCAAUAUUGUUGUGUGAAACAAGUGGGCUGUGAAACAUGAUAUAGUCCCAAUGGGGAGAUGUUCUCUGCUGCUCACUAUUCCACCAGAGGGAACACGAGACACUUGUUGAAACUCCCUCGUCUCCCAUCCUUUUGUCUGUUACUGAAGCAUCCCAGGAAUAUCAAGAUGUUUACACACAUUCUGGGGAACUAUGACAGGCAUUUUAAAGUCAGCCAAUGCUGUGACUGGUGCAAACGUUGCUGUGCGCUUGGCCUUAUUAAGCAUUCUUUCCCACUCCUACGUCCUUCCUCAGCUGUGGGAUGUUGUUUAUUUUUCCAGUUUUUUUCCUGCCUCCCCUUACUCCUUUCCCUCCCCUCCCCAGUGCUGCUCUCUCCCCCACUGUGUGAGAACAAGGGUCAGCAUAUCGCUCCCCCCUCACACAGACCUGACACACAGACACACAGACACACACGCAGCAGCAGCAACUGCUGCAGCAGUAUUCUACUCAAGUCUGUGAAUGACCUUCAUGAGUCAUCAUGAGGAAAAACUGCAUUUUGACUUUAAUAUUUGGCUGUAAUACAUCAAGGUCCCUGACUCUUGGAGGACUUUGAGAACUUGAUUUAAAAAAGGAGCAGUCGGGUUGAAUGUUUUGUUGUCAUAACUCAGAGAGAUUGCUCCCUUGUGACCAGAAUACCUGGCUAGCCUGAUUCCCUCUACGACCCAUGUCCAGUUUUGGGUUACUAAUGUGUGCAGUGUAAUUUUAUAACUUUUGGCUGCACUUCAGGGGGACUCCAUGUUGAAUCAAAGUUAACCCCCGUGCUCCUCUUUGCCUCCAGCUAAGUUGAAGCCCUGAAAGAGGAGAUAGCGGAGCUGGCUAAAAGGCUGCGCUACGAGAUCUCAGUGCGAGCCAAGUGAGAAGGGCUGGAUGGAAAAACACUGCCGGUAAAGAAAUGACCUUUGACCCAGGCACCUGGAGGGCUGCCUCUGGGAGCUUGGCGCCAACCUCGGGACUCUAGUCUAUACAUAUCAACAGAAAUACAACACACUGCCUCGCUCAAUACGGAAGUGGUCAGAUGAUGCAGAUGCUUAGCUACAGGACUGUUUUUCUAGACUGGAAUAUGUUCCGGGAUUCACACGAUGGCAUUGAGGAGUAUACCACAUCAGUCACCGGCUUCAUCAAUAAGUGCAUCGAUGACGUCGUCCCGACAGUGACCAUAUGUACAUAUCCCAACCAGAAGCCAUGGAUUACAGGCAACAUCCGCACUGAGCUAAAGGCUAGAACUGCCGCUUUCAAGGAGCGGGACACUAAUCUGGACGCUUAUAAGAAAUCCCGCUAUGCCCUCCGACGAACCAUCAAACAGGUAAAGCGUAAAUACAGGACUAAGAUUGAAUCCUACUAGACCGUCUCUGACUACCAGACGAGCUAAAUGCCUUCUAUGCUCGCUUAGAGGCAAGCAACACUGAACCAUGCAUGAGAGCUCCAGCUAUUCCGGACGACUUUGUGUUCAUGCUCUCCGUAGCCAAUGUGAGUAAGACCUUUAAACAGGUCAACAUUCACAAGGCCGCAGGGCCAGAUGGAUUUCCAGGACGCGUACCCAGAGCAUGCUCUGACCAACUGGCAAGUGACUUCACUGACAUUUUCAACCUCUCCCUGGCUGAGUCUGUAAUACCUACAUGUUUCAAGCAGACCACCAUAGUCCCUGUGCCCAAGAACGUCAAGGUAACCUGCCUAAAUGACGACCGCCCCGUAGCACUCACGUCUGUAGCCAUGAAGUGCUUUGAAAGGCUGGUCAUGGCUCACAUCAACACUAUCAUCCCAGAAACCCUAGACCCGCUACAAUUCACAUAUCGCCCCAACUGAUCCACAGAUGAUGCAAUUAUGUCUCCUGAGUGGCGCAGUGGUCUAAGGCACUGCAUCGCAGUGCUAACUGUGCCACUAGAGAUCCUGGUUCGAAUCCAGGCUCUGUCGCAGCCGGCCGCGACCGGGAGACUCAUGGGCGGCGCACAAUUGGCCCAGCGUCGUCCAGGGUAGGGGAGGGAAUGGCCGGCAGGGAUGUAGCUCAGUUGAUAGAGCAUGGCGUUUGCAACGCCAGGGUUGUGGGUUCGAUUCCCAUGGGGGGUCAGUAUAAAAAAAAAAUAUGUAUUCACUAACUGUAAGUCGCUCUGGAUAAGAGCGUCUGCUAAAUGACUAAAAUGUAAAUGUCUAUUGCACUCCACACUGCCCUUUUAUUUUUUUUUAUUUUUUUUAUUUCACCUUUAUUUAACCAGGUAAACCAGUUGAGAACAAGUUCUCAUUUACAACUGCGACCUGGCCAAGAUAAAGCAAAGCAGUGCGAUAAAAACAACAACACAGAGUUACAUAUAGGGUAAAACAAAACAAAGUCAAAAAUACAACAGAAAUACAUAUAAUAUACAGUGUGUGCAAAUUUAGCAAGUUAUGGAGGUAAGGCAAUAAAAUAGGCUAUAGUGCAAAAUAAUUACAAUUAGUAUUAACACUGGAAUGAUAGAUGUGCAAGAGAUGAUGUGCAAAUAGAGAUACUGGGGUACAAAUGAGCAAAAUAAAUAACAAUAUAGGGAUGAGGUAGUUGGGCGGGCUAAUUUCAGAUGGGCUGUGUACAGGUGCAGUGAUCGGUAAGGUGCUCUGACAACUGAUGCUUAAAGUUAGUGAGGGAGAUAAGUGUCUCCAGCUUCAGAGAUUUUUGCAAUUUGUUCCAGUCAUUGGCAGCAGAGAACUGGAAGGAAUUGCGGCCAAAGGAGGUGUUGGCUUUGGGGAUGACCAGUGAGAUAUACCCGCUGGAGCGCAGACUACGGGUGGGUGUUGCUAUGGUGACCAAUGAGCUAAGAUAAGGCGGGGAUUUGCCUAGCAGUGAUUUAUAGAUGGCCUGGAGCCAGUGGGUUUGGCGACGAAUAUGUAGUGAGGACCAGCCAACAAGAGCGUACAGGUCACAGUGGUGGGUAUUAUAUGGGGCUUUGGAGACAAAACGGAUGGCACUGUGAUAGACUACAUCCAAUUUGCUGAGUAGAGUGUUGGAGGCUAUUUUGUAAAUGACAUCGCCGAAGUCAAGGAUCGGUAGGAUAGUCAGUUUUACGAGGGCAUGUUUGGCAGCAUGAGUGAAGGAGGCUUUGUUGCGAAAUAGGAAACCGAUUCUAGAUUUAACUUUGGAUUGGAGAUUCUUAAUGUGAGUCUGGAAGGAGAGUUUACAGUCUAACCAGACACCUAGAUAUUUGUAGGUGUCCACAUACUCUAGGUCAGACCCGUCGAGAGUAGUGAUUCUAGUCGGGUGGGCGGGUGCAAGCAGCGUUCGGUUGAAGAGCAUGCAUUUAGUUUUACUAGUGUUUAAGAGCAGUUGGAGGCUACUGAAGGAGUGUUGUAUGGAAUUGAAGCUCGUUUGGAGGUUUGUUAACACAGUGUCCAAUGAAGGGCCAGAUGUAUACAAAAUGGUGUCGUCUGCGUAGAGGUGGAUCUGAGAGUCACCAGCAGCAAGAGCGACGUCAUUGAUAUACACAGAGAAAAGAGUCGGCCCAAGAAUUGAACCCUGUGGCACCCCCAUAGAGACUGCCAUAGGUCCAGACAACAGGCCCUCCUAUUUGACACAUUGAACUCUAUCUGAGAAGUAGUUGGUGAACCAGGCGAGGCAGUCAUUUGAGAAACCAAGGCUAUUUAGUCUGCCAAUAAGAAUGCGGUGGUUGACAGAGUCGAAAGCCUUGGCCAGGUCAAUGAAAACGGCUGCACAGUACUGUCUAUUAUCGAUCGCGGUUAUAAUAUCGUUUAGGACCUUGAGCGUGGCUGAAGUGCACCCAUGACCAGCUCGGAAACCGGAUUGCAUAGCGGAGAAGGUACGGUGGGAUUCGAAAUGGUCGGUGAUCUGUUUGUUGACUUGGCUUUCAAAAACUUUUGAAAGGCAGGGCAGGAUGGAUAUGGGUCUGUAACAGUUUGGAUCUAGAGUGUCACCCCCUUUGAAGAGGGGGAUGACCGCGGCAGCUUUCCAAUCUCUGGGGAUCUCAGACGUUACGAAAGAGAGGUUGAACAGGCUAGUAAUAGGGGUUGCGACAAUUUCGGCGGCUAGUUUUAGAAAGAAAGGGUCCAGAUUGUCUAGCCCAGAUGAUUUGUAGGGGUCCAGAUUUUGCAGCUCUUUUAGAACAUCAGCUGUCUGGAUUUGUGUGAAGGAGAAGCGGGGGGGGCAUGGGCAAGUUGCAGCGGAGGGUGCAGAGCUGGUGGCCGGGGUAGUGGUAGCCAGGUGGAAAGCAUGGCCAGCCGUAGCAAAAUGCUUGUUGAAAUUCUUGAUUAUUGUAGAUUUAUCGGUGGUGAUAGUGUUUCCUAGCCUCAGUGCAGUGGGCAGCUGGGAGGAAGUGCUCUUAUUCCCACCUGGACAAAAGGAACACCUAUAUGAGAAUGCUGUUCGUUGACUACAGCUCAGCGUUCAACACCAUAGUGCCCUCAAAGCUCAUCACUAAGCUAAGGACCCUGGGACUAAACACCUCCCCCUGCAACUGGAUCCUGGACUUCCUGAUGGGCUGCCCCCAGGUGGUAAGGGUAGGCAACAACACAUCUGCCACGCCGAUCCUCAACACGGUUGCCCCUCAGGGCUGAGUGCUUAGUCCCCUCCUGUACUCCCUGUUCACCAACGACUGCAUGGCCAUGCAUGACUCCAACACCAUCAUUAAGUUUGCCGACGACACAACGGUGGUAGUUCUGAUCACCGACAACGACAGCCUAUUGGGAGGAGGUCAGAGACCUGGCAGUGUGGUGCCAGGACAACAACCUCUCCCUCAACGUGAUCAAGACAAAGGAGCUGAUUGUGGACUACAGGAAAAGGAGGGCCAAGCACGCCCCCAUUCACAUCAACGGGGCUGUAGUGGAGCGGGUCGAGAGCUUCAAGUUCCUUGGUGUCCACAACACUAACAAACUAUUAUGGUCCAAACACACCAAGACAGUCAUAAAGAGGGCACGACAAUGCCUAGAUUUGGUUUGGGUCCUCAGAUCCUCAAAAAGUUCUACAGCUGCACCAUCGAGAGCAUCUUGACUGGCUGCAUCACUGCUUGGUAAGACUCCAGCCACCCAAGUCAUAGACAGUUCUCUCUGCUACCGCACAGCAAGCGGUACCGGAGCGCUAAGUCUAGGUCCAAAAGGCUCCUUAACAGCUUCUACCCCCAAGCCAUAAGACUGCUAAACAGUUAAUUAAAUGGCUCCCUGGACUAUUUGCAUUGACCCCCUUUUUUACGCUCCUGCUACUCGCUGUUUACUUUCUCUGCAUAGUCACUUUACCCCUACAUAUUACCUCAAUUACCUCGACUAACCUGUACAACCGCACAUUGACUCGGUACCGGUACUGCCUGUAUAUAGUCUCAUUAUUGUUUGUUUAUUGUGUUACUUUUUUAAAACUUUAGUUUAUUUAAUUACUAAAAACUCUGCAUUGUUGGUCCCUUGAAAAAAAGGUAGGGGCGUGGAUCAGAAAACCAGUCAGUAUCUGGUGUGACCACCAGCGCAGCACAUCUCCUUCACAUAGAGUUGAUCAGGCUGUUGAUUGUGGCCUGUGGAAUGUUGUCCCACUCCUCUUCAAUGGCUGUGUGAAGUUGCUGGAUAUUGUCGGGAACUGGAACAGGCUGUCAUACACGUAGAUCCAGAGCAUCCCAAACAUGCUCAAUGGGUGACAUGUCUGGUGAGUAUGCAGGCCAUGGAAGAAGUGGGACAUUUUCAGCUUACAGGAAUUGUGUACAGAUCCUUGCGACAUGGGGUCGUGCAUUAUCAUGCUGAAAGAUGAGGUGAUGGCAGCGGAUGAAUGGCACAACAAUGGGCCUCAGGAUCUCGUCACGGUGUCUCUGUGCAUUCAAAUUGCCAUCAUUAAAAUGCAAUUGUGUUCGUUGUCCGUAGCUUAUGCCUGACCACAUCAUAACUCCACCGGCACCAUGGGGCAAACUGCUCGGCUACACGACGCCAUACACGCUGUCUGCCAUCUGCCCAGUACAGUUGAAACUGGGAUUCAUCCAUGCGAGCACACUUCUCCAACGUGCCAGUGGCCAUCGAAGGUGAGAAUUUGCCCACUACAGUCAGAUCAAGACCCCGGUGAGGACAACGAGCAUGCAGAUGAGCUUCCCUAAGACGGUUUCUGACAGUUUGUGCAGAAAUUCUUUGGUUGUGCAAACCCACAGUUUCAUCAGCUAUCCAGGUGGCUGGUCACAGACGAUCCCGCAGGUGAAGAAGCCGGAUGUGGAGGUCCUGGGCUGGCGUGGUUACACGUGGUCUGCAGUUGUGAGGCAUGUUAGACGUACUGCCAAAUUCUCUAAAACAACGUUGGUGGUGGCUUAUGGUGGAGAAAUUAACAUUAAAUUGUCUGGCAACAGCUCUGGUGUACAUUUCUGCAGUCAGCAUGCCAAUUGCACGCUCCCUCAAAACUUGAGACAUCUUUGGCAUUGUGUUGUGUGACAAAACUGCACAUUUUAAAGUAGCCUUUUAUUGUCCCCAGCACAAGGUGCACCUGUCAGGUGGAUGGAUUAUCUUGGCAAAGGAGAAAUGCUCACUAACAGGGAUGUAAACACAUUUGUGCACAACAUUUGAGAGAAAUUAGCUUUUUGUGCGUAUGGAACAUUUCUGGGAUCUUUUAUUUCAGCUCAUGAAAUAUGGGACCAACACUUUACAUGUUGCAUUUAUAUUUUUGUUCAGUAUAGAUCUGAUUAGUUAUGAAAUAGAAUUUAACUUCUAUGAUGAAAUUCCAUGUUGUUCAACUGACAACUGAUACAUUACACUGUAUCAGCUUUCCAAUGUCAGCUAUGAGGUUUAACUUCCUUAAAAAAUCCUUUGUGUCCCAUUAGAUACCAAUUCAAGAAGAACCUGAAGAGAAUAGUGUCUGAGCUGUAUGUGAGAGAUAACUGCCACCCCUUCAAGGCCAGCCUGCUGGUAUGGGUGCAGCUGCCCAUGUGGGUGUGCCUCUCUCUGGCCCUGCGGAUCCUGAGCCUGGUGGUGUCUGAUGCCGCCACUGGCAAACCUCCACACUCACUCACCUACUCAAUAAAUCAAUCAAUUCACAAUCAAGGCUGUUGUAUCUUCAUCAAGAGACAUAAUCACAUAUGUACUGCUUUAUUCUGACUAUGGAAUAUUUAAAAUAUGAAUUGAUUAAUACUGUAUUUAUUUCAGUGUUGCAGACAGAGCUGGCAGUAGGGGGCGCUCUAUGGUUCUCUGACCUGACAUUGCCUGACUCCACUUGGAUCAUACCCGUCUCCCUGGGCCUCAUCACCUCAAUUAGACACACAAUAGGGAACCCUUUUAGAGGAGAGCUUUGAUCCACCCAGUAUUCAGACCCUCUGGCUGCUUUGUUUUUUUACAAGAGGACACUCCUCACCUGAUGUGCUUUCAGCUAGACCUGUGUUAAACUCACAAUAUAUUUCUACUGUGAUAUAUUUGCAAAGGAUAGAGAUAUGAGCAGGGUUGCUAAAAGAGUUUUACAUUUACGUAAUUUAGCAGACGCUCUCCUCCGGAGCAAUUAGGGUUAAGUAUCUUGCUCAAGGACAGAUUUUUCAACUAGUCAGCUCGGGGAUUCAAACCAGCGACCUUUCGGUUACUGUCCCAACGCUCUUAACCGCUAGGCUACCUGCCGCCCUGAUUCAGACAUACUGUAUGUGAUUGACACAUCUGUUUUUGAUUUUAGUUUGGUCAUUCUGCAUCCCUCACUGAUCCAUGAAUAUACAUAAUGUAUUUCCUACUAGGAAUGAGAAUAUUGAGACGUUGACCUUAUUACGUCUGGUUUCUAUGUGUUGCCAGGUAUUUGCUCUGCAGAGGAUAGAAGCAUCCAGGUUCCAGAAGUAUGUAACCAACUUUAUCAAGGGAUCUCUCUGGUGAUGAUCCCCAUAGCUGCCACCGUGCCCUCAGUAAGUUUCUGUGUGUGUGUGUGUGCGUGCGUGCGUGCGUGUGCGUAUAAAUUAUUGUGUUCGUGCAUGUGUGUGCGUCCAUCCGUGCUCAUGCAUGCGUGUACAUAUGUCUGCAUGUAUGCACAUGCAUGUCUGCAUGCUUGUCUGCACACGCAACCACAAACCAGAAACGUUUUUAGCCUUUUUACAUUUAAUCACAAAAGCUGUUAGACAUGCCACAUCACUUUCCCCUGUAGAUUAACAGACAGCUAGCACAUUUCACUAGCCAGCCCUAUGUUAACACCCUCCCACUAGCUCUGAAACUAAAUACUUUAGCCACCUCUGUCUCCCACGUCUCCCUAACUCCCAUUGCCCCUGUGAGCCUAUCCACCCAUUACAUUACAUAAGGGAUGGAUGAGAGGAACACUUUAUUUAGAAGCCCACCUAAAUGGUAAUAGUUGAAAACACACUGAGGAUGUUUUCUCCCCGACUUUAGUGACAAUUCCACCAAGUCCACAGACCCAUGCACAGGACGUCUCUCUUAUCUGGAAGAUACACACACACACACAGUCAGAGACAUACACACAAUCACACUCACACACACACACACACACACACACACACACAGUCAGAGACAUACACACACACACACACACACACACACUGUACACUUUACAGUUGGGCAGAUGUUGCAACAGACAAACCCUGCUUGUCCCUGAAGAGCCUCGUCUGGUUUUGAAAGCCCUAUAUCACUCUUUCCCAGGUACACUGAUGCAUCCUCCCAAUCUAGCCCCCUGCAAUCUUACUCGAUAAUCUGGAGUGUGAUUUUGUUGUCUUCCUUUGGAGCACCAUGAUGUUUACAUAAGAAGUCGAUCUGCCAAAGAGAAUCCCAAAACACUGGUCCACGUGAGAGUCGGCCUUGUGAAAUCCUGCAAGGGAGACUGAAAAAAUCAGAGGCUUUUCCUGACCUUUGGUUUAGUUAGAUAUAUUCUAGUAGGGUGAUGUGUCGUAUGCUUUUUCAGAUAUAAUUCUGAAGGGCUGCCCAUAUGCACCUCUAUUUUUAAAGCUUCCAGUUGAAUUUUAUUUAAAGGCUAUGCAUGGUAUUAAACCUUGCUUAUUUGUCUAUGCUGAAUGCCAAAGAUUGAUACGCUCUCCUUUUCCCCUCCUCAUUCUUCCCCAGUCCAUGGCUCUGUACUGGUUGAGCUCCAUUUGUGUGGGACUGGGACACAAUCUGCUCCUGCGCUCACCUCGCUUCCGGAGGCUGUGCCACAUCCCCUCCACGCGCCCCGACUCAGACACGCCUUAA